GCUGCACGAAGCUAAUAAUGAGCUACAGAAAAAACGUGCAAUCAUUGAAGAUCUAGAACCUCGAUAUAACAACAGUUCCCUCAAGAUAGAAGAAUUACAAGAAGCUUUACGGAAAAAAGAAGAAGAAAUGAAGCAAAUGGAAGAGCGGUACAAAAAGUACUUGGAAAAGGCCAAAAGCGUUAUCCGUACCUUAGACCCCAAGCAGAACCAGGGCUCAGGACCAGAGAUCCAGGCUCUAAAGAAUCAGCUGCAGGAACGUGACAGGAUGUACCAUUCUUUAGAGAAAGAAUUUGAAAAAACAAAGACUCAAAGAGAAACAGAAGAAAAAUACAUCGUCAGUGCCUGGUACAACAUGGGGAUGACUCUUCAUAAAAAAGCAGCAGAAGACAGACUUGCCAGCACGGGUUCCGGACAGUCCUUCCUGGCUAGACAAAGGCAAGCCACCAGCACGAGAAGAGCUUAUCCAGGCCACGUCCAGCCAGCCACGGCAAGGUAGAGGGAAGCAUUGCCUUUUGAUAGGAAGCCAUCCUGGGAUCAAGACCCACUUGUGUGGCAAGGGACAGCAUUUCAG